UAUAUCGCAGCGAUCUAUACGAGCGAGCAGCUAGUUUCCAGUGGAACACGGUCGGGUGCUGAGCAGACCGUGCGCGGUGGAUAAGUGCAGACUUUUGCAGCGUGAGUCCAAGGCCUCUGCGCUUGAUCCGCUUUCGUUGCGUAUGUCUGGUUCGUAGUGGACGCGAUCGUAGCCGUCGACGUCAUCGUCAUCAGAGGAGGACUUUUGAAGUCAAAUUUCCGCCUACUUGGGGGCGGUCAUAGUGUCUUGGUUUCCGGGAUGUGAUCAAUUCGAAGCGUUAAACUGUGCGAUAACCGGGAUUGAAUAAGGGAAACACUCAGAAUUCCCAUGAUAGCAGAUACAUGAAGUGAAAUGUAAAAAUAUUCAAAGUGAGAGUGGAAAUUUAACACUCACACCGAUAUAAUCGUGCAGAUCAUAGCCGCGACGCGAGUGCAGACGUUCGCGUAACGUGAGAAAGAAAGAGACGAAAAAUCUCCUUCGAUCCAGACUUCGGUAGCCGUACAGUAAUAAUGACGACUUUCAUGUCGCGGAAAUGUAAUUUGUUCUUCAGCACCGUAGCAGUUCGAUGGAAAAUCAGUUCUACAAUGUUUCUGAUACAGUUUGCUCUAGUCUACGCAAUAUGUGUGAUCGGCGUGGAUUCACAAAAGCCCGAAGAUGGUCCGUAUCGAGGAAAAUACAUCGGCAAGUUUAACUCGUAUCAUCACCAGGCUUCCGGAGACGUGUAUGCCGUGGACGAAUACACUUUCCUCAUAACGGGCUUCAAUUACGACGGUAAUGGUGUGGACACGUUCUUCUGGUCCGGUGCAAGCAAUCGACCCGGUCCUCAAGGCUUCAUCGUUCCAGAUGAAUACGGAAAGACAAAUAUCUUGGAACGAUACUUCAACAAGGACUUCACAUUACGGCUGCCAGACAACAAGCGGAUCACCGAGGUCAAAUGGUUGGCCAUUUACGAUCUGAACUCGCAGAACAACUUUGCCGAUGUGUACAUUCCGGAGGACUUCGAACCACCUGUGCCUCAGAACGCGGGCAGUCUAUCACGCAAUAGCCAUGGCGUGAGCAGCGAAACGAUCGACAUUUUGGAUUCGAAAACCAUUCGAUUGCCGGAGUUCAGCUACGACGGGAAAGGAAAAGAAGUACACUUUUGGGUCGGCGUAGGUCCUUCGCCGUCGUCCAAGGGGAUGAAAAUUCCGGAUGAUAUGGGAUACUUGGAUCCCAUCCGGGCUUAUGAUCGGGAGACCAUUACAUUGGAGUUACCAGGCGAUAUGACUAUUUUCGAUAUCGAUUGGUUCUCGGUGUAUGAUGUGCAAACGAAGGAAGACUUUGGUUCCAUUCUUAUUUCGGAUGAUUUGAAUGUGCCGCCGUCUCUGGUGAAGAUAACUCCGCAUAUCCAAUCACUGCCAAACUGCCGCCAACUGCACAAGGACUUCCGUGUGUCGUGGGAAGUUUUCGGUCCCCAGAUUACCUUGCAGCUGGCCGGAAAUGUGAAGGAGGAUGAAUACAUGGCAUUCGGGAUAAGUGGAUCAGACAGUCAAAGUCAGAUGCAAGGAGCGGAUGUAGUGGUGUCCUACAUCGAGGGACACCAAGGUUAUGCGGUGGACUACAACAUAACCUCACUGGCGCCAUGUGUUCAGGUUUUGGGCCAAAACAAAGGCGUUUGUCGGGACGACCUCGUUGGCGGUCAGGAUAGUUUUCAGUUGCAUACGUUCAAUCGAGAGGAUGGGAUUAAUACGAUUACUUUCCGAAGGAUGCUAAUUUCUCCGGACAAUGGUGACAAGCCAUUUUUGUUGGACCGUCCAAUGUACAUGAUCUGGGCUAUGGGUAGGCUGGAUUCUAACAACGAACCCACAUACCAUGAUAUCUACCCUAAAAGGGACGUUGCGAUGUCUUUCAAUACUUCGGAACCGGUAAACGAUUGCUUCAGCUUCACCCGCAGUGAGGUUAAUUUGAAAGACGUUUGGGAGAAAGCGCAAAUCUUCGAUCGAACGGUGCGAUCGUUCAGUGCUACCUUGGGCCCAGCAGGAGGAAAGCGUGGCUACCAAGGAAUUACUGGACACGUUUCCAACGGGUUGGCGUGGUACAUAAACGGCUUGUUGGUUCCGGAGUUAUGGCUGAGACGAGGUUUAACCUAUUCCUUUAAAGUCCGCGGUGGAAACAAUCCCCACUCACCGGAGUUCUAUCAUCCCUUGGUCAUCACAGACGAACCGCGUGGUGGAUUCGAUCGACUGUCGGACGCCAAGCAGAGUGAAAUUCGUGUCCUGGCAGGCGUAGAGUUUACCCGCCGAGGUCGUCCGAAACCGACGGCUGCCGGUCCGCGUUGUCUGGCAGAGUAUCCGCCCAACCAGGAUCGUCGGUUGGACGACAACUUUGCCACGUUCAAGAAGUUCAACCGAACGCUACGGUGGAGCUGCGAGAAGGGCGAUCCGGCUAUCCUGGAAAUCACGCCCAACUCCAGCUGGCCGGACGUGGUGUACUACAACAGUUUCACCCACGCCAACAUGGGCUGGAAGAUUCACAUCGUCGACAGCUACAGCAGUUCGGCGAGAAGUGGUACGAGUGCAGCGUUUGCUGAUGUAAGACUGAUUACUGGGAUCGCGGCUGUUGUCGUGGUGUUGCUGCGGUAUGGAUUAGCCGCAGGUAGAUAGGUGAUCAAACGAGAUUAAAUUAUUUUGUUUAUGUUUCGUUGGCUCGUAGGAAAUAAAAUUCAUCAGAUGAAUAGAAUAUUGUUCGUGGAAAUAAAA